CAAGAUGGCGGAUGCGUCGAGGAGUGGACAAAAGUAGGAAACCUGCAAACGUUCGCCUUUUUUGCGCUAUGGCGAUGUUGUGUGGCAAGCGAGAGGAUAUACAAGUUGUUCAUAUUUCGCAGCAAUUGGCCGAAGCUGUAGAGGUUAUAUUGAGUCCGAAUUCUUCCCAAGACAAGCGUAUGCAAGCUACAAGGGACUGUGAAGAAUUCAAGAACAACAAAAGCUAUUUAACAAACUGCGGGAUCUAUCUGUACAGCAAUCAUGCAAAUUUUAUGGUCAAGCAUUUUGGGCUGCAACUCAUGCAUCAUGCUGUUAAGUUUAACUGGAAUGAAAUGCCUGAGGAAGAAAAGAAUGACUUGAAGUUAUUAUCAUUAAACCUAACUGAAGGGUGCACCAGUUCACUUCUAGAUGAACCAUCCUACAUAAAAGAUGCAAUAGCAAAAUUCACAGUUGAAAUCAUGAAGCGAGAAUGGCCACAAAACUGGCCAGAUGUCAUCAAAACACUAAGUGAAAUAUCCCAAAAAGGGCCCUCACAACUUUUCACAGUACUACGGACACUUUUAUUCCUGGCGGAGGAAUCGACAAAAAUGGAUGGAGAUUUACCAGGUCCACGGAGAAAAGACAUGAUGUCCUCCAUAAAUAUCAUUCUGGCAGAUUUAUUCAAGUUUUUUGUGAAGACAUUGCAACUUACUGCAGAGAAAAUGAAAGAAAUGAAAACACAAUAUGGAAACAUAACUCAAAAACAUACGGAAACAAAACAUACUGAGGUUGUAAUUCAGAAAACUCUAGCCGAGUCAGUCUUGGUAACUCUUUGCGGUUUUGUUGAAUGGGUGAAUGUCAAAUACUUGGUGCAAGAAGAAGCGAUUUUACUGCAAACGCUCUGCCUGUUGUUGCAAGAGGAUGAGCUUCGGAUGAGGGCCGCCGAAUGCUUAGAGAGCAUCGCAGGACGAAAGGGGCCACUGCUUGAACGUCCUCCUUUGCUCAUCUUGUUCAGUACGGACGCAUUGACGCUGAUAUUCUCGUCUAUCAGAAGUCUGGUCGAAAGCAAUGACGGUAAUAGCGAUGAUGAAAACCAUUCGUUCCUCAAUCGAGUUUGUAGCAUUCUCUCUUUGAUGGGAGAGACACAACUCGCUAAACUCUGGGGCGCUCCUGGGUGUGAAGCAGUAGACGAACCAGCUCAUUUUCAUCUUUACUUAGAAGCGUUACUAUCCUUGUAUCGACACGAGAACAUGCUGACUUCGGAGACGAUAACCAAGACAUGGACAAGUUUUCUAAAAAAUAAAGCGAUUUCUACGAAUCCCACAUUCUGUUCUUUUAUUCCGCAAAUCUUGGAAAUAUCAAAAACAAAAAUUUCAAGGGGUCUACAGCCUGCAAUAAACUCAAGUAAAAUAUUAUAUCCAGACACAGAUUUUGGCUCGAUGGCAGAGAAAUACAACGCGUGGACAAGUCUUCGAAGGAGCACAAAAGAUAUCGUACAAAUCAUCACGUCCUUGUAUCCAGCAGAUGCUUUCAACCACGCUGCGAGUUGGUUACUGAAACUCACUAACACACCGUCAUCAACAGUGACAGAAACAAGCGCUGCAUAUUAUGAAUGGGACAGCUUGACCUGUUUCGCGCAAUCCGUGAUAAGCAAAUUGUUCAACAACGAUGCUGAAUACUUGCAGGAGUUGAUUAGAUGCCAGAUUCGAAUGGAUAACACAACAAUCGGCUUUUACGACUUAGCGAAAAAAUGCAUUGAGAAUCUUGUCGAUUAUGAAACGGAGGCGUUACUGAUAAAAAGUUCAAUAAUCACGUGUCUGGAACCGUUCAUUCCGUUUCUUCAAUACGAUUUUGAGCUACUUAUAAAAGUCAUACACAAGAUAUUUCACUCUGCUUCGUAUCAGCAUCCAAAUGAAGAAGAUUUUGGGCAUAAAGCAUUCGAGUUCAGACGAACAGCAGCCUCGGUAUGGAUUAGACUCUGUCUCUCGCAUUACAAACUGUUGAUUAAUAUUCUUGAUGAUCUAACAAAACACAUUCAAAUGUCGUACGACAACGAUAGCUGCACGAGCUUGGAGCGAUCGCUAUUGGCAGAAGGCUUGGUUGUUAUAAGCAAUGGUUAUGUCAAUUUCGAGAAACAAGAGAAAUACAUAAAUGAACUUUUGGCUCCAAUAAGGGAGGAUUGGAUGAGCCCCGAAUUGGAACAGGCGCUGUCUUCACCUGAAGCAUUUUUAUCCUUUAUUGGUCUGUACAAUUCAAACGAAGACGAACACAUAACGCAAAAAAGACGAUACACGCUAAAUAUGUGCCAACGAUACAUCCACGCUGUUUUGAAACGUAUCGAGAUACCCAAAGAUUCUCAGGCACAAAUCAAUGGUGGAUUCAAGACGAGACACGAAGACGUGCCAAGAAAUCCAGGGACAUCUUCAGUUCUUCCUUUGUUGUCAAAUAUAUUUCAUCUGAACAGGGUAUUCAGCAGAAUUUGGGAUCCAGCUGUGCGUGUGAAAAUCCCUCACCAUCUUCAACCCGCAUUGGACAUACACGAAUCAGAAAAAGCAGCCAUUUUCGGUCUCGACGCACGAGAUGGUGAAGAAAGACCCAAGGCAGAACCAAAGCGGUCCCCUGUUGAUAACAUGAAGACCUUUCUCUUUAAAUUGAAUGAAGCAUGUGCCAUGACGCUUGCGGAUUGUUCACGGUUGGGAGAAGGCUUUUAUGGAGCGCCAUCACUUGGCCAACAUAUCGUUACCUAUGUCAUUGAACCGUGGAGAUAUGUGCCAAACUACAGGCUGCGAAUUUUCAUUCGCGGAUUUUUCAAGAUGUACUGUCGAGUGUGCCCGCCAUCUUACUACGAGUCAGCGGUCGUUCCCGUGGUGGUUGCGGCGUUAUCUCUGAUGAUCGAUCAUUUAAACAAAGACUGGGAAGUCGUUCGUAGCAGAGAGAUUGUCAGGCCCCAUCUUGCAUACAUCGAGGCUCCUGAUAUCGACGAUGAAGAAGAGGCUGAUAAAGACAGUGAAAUCAUCGAGAAUCAACUGGUUCAUCUUUUGACAAAAAACUUUAUGGAAGCAUUCUUUUCAAUGUGCACCAUGAAAAGACCGACUCAUUUUGAAAGCAAUUCCCCGCUUACAACCGAAGAACCAGGACAAGUUCUGCUUAAGCCAGACUGUUCCGAGGACAUGUUGGAAGAACUUCCUCAGUUUUUACUGAGACACCCAAAAACAUGCAAGAUUUUCCUUUUCCUGCCGUUCGUAUCUUUGCAAUGGCCGGACACAGCUGGUUUUGUCAAAGCUGCAAAGCUUUGCGUUCCGUUUGUAAAACAGAUCGUGAAAAACCCGCCCACAGGUGUUGCCAUGAGCCAGGAAAUGUUUGAUCAGAUUUUCACGCUAUGUCUUAAGGGUUUACAACUCAUGGGCCAUCACGUCGAAAUAGGAGCACAACUCAUUCGAAACGCGGUCACAAUUUACGACAUCCUGCGCCCUCUGUUUCCAAGUUUAAAGGAUAUUCUUCUGCAAGUUCCAAACGUGGAUCCUGCCGUAGUGAACAAUUACGAUCUCACGUUGCUGUCUGAAAACAGCCACACGGAGAAGCAAAAGAGGAAGAUAUUUCGAGGUCUUCUGUCUGGUCUUAUUGGAAAAGAAAUCGGGAAGUUGUUUCAGAAUGAUAUAACUAUACUAAACCUUCCCGCCUUGCCUGUCAUCAACAAAGAAACACCUUCGACUCUGGCUGAUAUAGAAAAUCCGGACUACGGAUUGACAAGACUUUUCGAGCCCACAAAACCCUAGAUUAUAAAUUAAUUUGUAUUAGUAACACAGUUGUGUUAACGAUUUGAGGUUUUCAACAGAAUAAAUUUUUUAACG